AUGCAGACGCGGGAACAGCCCGCGGCCACGAACAGGAUCGAGGUGUGGACACCUGCUGCCACGUGGAAGGACCCUGAACACGCGAUGCUCGGCAAGUGCCUCAAGGCCCAUGCUCUGACCAUCAAGGCACCGCCUGUGUGUCCCGAAGAAGCUAAGGCCGAGGACCCAGGGUCAGCAGGAACUGGUGCCCUGGGGACAGACUCUCAGCCUGGUGUCACCUCACAGGGGGACCUCCUUCCCAAAUUCCCAGAAGCCAGCCUCGGACCCCAGCCCCGGACCUCAGCCCCAGACCCCAGCCCUGGACCUCAGUCCCGGACCCCAGCCCCAGACCCCUGUCUUGGACCCAAGUUCUGGACCCCAGCCCCAGACCCCAGCCCUGGACCUCAGUCCCGGACCCCAGCCCCAGCCCCCAGCCCUGGACCUCAGUCCCGGACCCCAGCCCCAGACCCCAGCCUCUGCCCCACUAGCUGGGGGGCCUUGCCAGAGACGCUGUGGCCAAAGAGCAGUGACCACCAGUACCCGCUAGCCCAGCUCCCGAGGAAGCUGGACCUUCUACAACUGUCCUCUCGAGUCUCUGAGAACACCACCCCGCGGGCAGCCCCCCAGGACCCUGAGGGCCUCACCCUGACCCAGACCGAGUAG